CUCCUGUAUGCUGUUCAGCCCUUCCCCUCCCCCAGGUGACCUUGCACUCCUGGUGUCCUGAAUGUGCAAUUCAGGCCUUCCAGCCCUUUAUGGAUCUUUGACCUUUUGGAGGCUGGGCUGUCUUCAAGGGAGGUCUAGCCCCAGGCCCUGACUCUGAGCAGUUUAACUGGUUUGGACUGCCUAAUCUGCCCUGGAAGAUUAACUGAAGUGCCUGGGGCUGUUUCCCUACAUAUUAGAGUACUCUGCUCUAAAGCCCCGCCUGCCCUAGGGGCUGCCUGCUUUUUGGGCUGCCCACCCCUUUUGAUCCCCUUUAUGGGAGAGAGACCUGUCCAAGCGGAGCCUGGACUACAUCUCCCAGCGUGCCUGGCAGAGUGGUGGCCUCUGUGUGCCGGCUGCACCAGUUUCGGGCAACAAUGCAGCGGGCAGUGAGCAUGGUGGCCCAUCUGGGCUUGCGUCUGAAGGUGCUCCCGUCGGCCUUGGGCCGUCCACUCAGUUGCGCAAAGGACGUGCUCCGCAGGACGCCACUGUAUGACUUCCACCUGGCUCAUGGCGGGAAGAUGGUGGCGUUUGCAGGCUGGAGUCUGCCUGUGCAGUACCGGGACAGCCACGUUGACUCACACCUGCACACACGCCGGCACUGCUCGCUCUUUGACGUGUCCCACAUGCUGCAGACCAAGAUACUUGGUUGUGACCGAGUGAAGCUGAUGGAGAGUCUCGUGGUUGGAGAUAUUGCAGAGCUAAGGCCAAACCAGGGGAUGCUGUCGCUGUUUACCAAUGAGGCUGGAGGCAUCUUAGAUGACUUGAUAGUCACCAGCACCUCUGAGGGGUACCUGUAUGUGGUGUCCAACGCUGGCUGCUGGGACAAGGACCUGGCCCUCAUGCAGGGCAAGGUCAGGGAGCUUCAGAACAUGGGCAGUGAUGUGAGCUUGGAGGUGGUGGACAAUGCCUUGCUAGCCCUGCAAGGCCCCACUGCGGCCCAGGUAUUGCAGGCCGGCGUGGCAGAUGACCUGAGAAAACUGCCCUUCAUGACCAGUGCUGUGAUGGAAGUGUUUGGCGUGUCUGGCUGCCGUGUGACCCGCUGUGGCUACACAGGAGAGGAUGGUGUGGAGAUCUCGGUGCCAGCUGCGGGGGCAGUCCACCUGGCAACAGCUCUGCUAGAAAACCCAGAGGUGAAGCUGGCAGGGCUGGCGGCCCGGGACAGCCUACGCCUGGAGGCAGGCCUCUGCCUGUAUGGGAGUGACAUUGAUGAACACACCACACCUGUGGAAGGCAGCCUCAGUUGGACACUGGGGAAGCGCCGCCGAACUGCCAUGGACUUCCCUGGAGCGUCGGUCAUUGUUCCUCAGCUGAAGGGCAAGGUGCAGCGGAGACGUGUAGGGUUAAUGUGCGAGGGGGCACCUAUGCGGGCACACAGCCCCAUCCUGAAUACGGAGGGCACCGUGAUUGGUACUGUUACCAGUGGCUGCCCCUCUCCCUGCCUGAAGAAGAAUGUGGCCAUGGGUUAUGUGCCCUGUGAGUAUAGUCGGCCAGGUACCCCGCUGCUGGUAGAGGUGCCCAGGACCUGGACAGUGGCAGGCCUCCUAAGUGACCUCUUGCCUUCUCUAUUGGACCGCUUUAUCUUCUUGCCAUGAACCAGGCAGUUAUAAAGACAAAUUAGAUCAUG